AUGGGAGCCGACGGAGGCACGAUCCCGAAGCGCUGUGAAUUGGUUCCCAAGAAGAAGAAGACCGAGAAAAUCGAGAAGGCCGUCAAGAACGCGGUGCGAUGGAAGAAUUGCCAGGUGUCGCAGCAGCCGCUCAAGAAGCCGAUCAUCGCCUGCAGAUUCGGCCGCCUCUACAACAAGGACGCCGUCAUCGAGGCCAUCCUGAACAAGACGAUCGCCAAGGUCGAGAACACCGCGCACAUCAAGGGCACCAAGGACUUCCAAGGAGUUGCGCCUCACCGACAACAAGGAUUUCAACACGGAAGGGUGAAAGGAGACGGGUACCAAGACCUGAACGUGACCCCCUACAUUUGCCCCAUCACCACGGCGCCGAUGAACGGCAACCAGAACUUUGUCGUCAACUGGAAGUGCGGAUGCGUCUUUUCCGAGAAGGCCUUGAAUGAGAUCAAAACCGACGCUUGCCACGGCUGCAAUGGCCCGAUCAGCGCCGAUGAUAUGGUGGUGCUCUACCCGGACGAUGAGCUGCUCGAGAAGUACAAGGAGCGCCUCGUCGCCGAGCGGAAAGCGGCCAAGGAGAAGAAGGCGGCGAUCAAGGCCGAGCCGAAGGAGGCAUCGCCCGACGACCUCAAGAACCCCAGUGCCGCCGGAGCCGCUAAUCAAAGUAAGUUCUUGGAUUUUAUUGGUAUUUUUAGCAAAUCAAAAAAGCCCGCCGCGCCGAAGCGCAAAAUGGAAAUCGCGCCGCUGAAGGGCGCCUCGGCGGCCAAGAAGGCCGUCUCCAUCCAGGACGACCCGAACACUUCAGCCGCCUACAAGAACCUGUUCACCAGCUGCGAGGCGGCGCGGAACAAGCCCGAGCAGCACUGGGUCACGCAUAACCCGCUAUUCUAU